CAGCGGAUAGUCGCGCGACCACCUCGACGCGCAAACACACAGCGGGAGCAGUGCGCACCGGACAACUUUCACUUGCUCUCCAGCCGGAGAUCCGCAGCGGCAGCAGCAUCUUGGAGGAAACGGAUUUAAACACGUUCAACUGGAGACUUUAACGAAUGAAAUAUUUAUAAAACAAAAAAGGAUUUUCGGGAAAUUAAUGAGCCGAUAAUGACCUUCUCCCGUGGAAGAGGAUUCCGCGGUGUUCACGAGUAAAUUACGCGUCAGCAGCUGAGGAACCGACUUCUCCGUCGUAUUGCGCGAACAUGGAUCUGUGGGGAGUUUAUCUGCUCCAACUCACAACUUUGGCUUUGGUGGAGGUCAUACAAGGCGGCAGAGACUGUCUAGUCGCCGGCGACGCCUGCUCCAGCGAUGAGACCUGCAGUCCACGUCUUCGGACUUUGCGCCAGUGUGUGGCCGGUAACGGCAGCAUGAAGCUGGGCCCGGGAGCCAGGAGCCAGUGUGCCAACGCCAUGUCCGCGCUGCUGGCCAGUCCACUGCACGGGUGCCAGUGCAAACGAGGCAUGAAGAAGGAGAAGAACUGCCUGAGCAUCUACUGGAGCCUACACCAGUCCAUCAUCCACGGACUCAAACUUGUGGAGAGUUAUCCCUAUGAGAUGGUGCAGCGGGAUUAUGACUACGUCCGCCUGGCAUCUAUCUCAGCUGACUCUGAUGUUGGCAUGACAACGGUGAAUCGUUGCCUGGAUGCUGCAAAGGCAUGCAACGUGGACGACUUGUGCCAGAAGCUCCGCACAGAAUACGUCUCGGCAUGCAUCAAACCCACCGCCAAGUCGGGCCUUUGCAACAAACCGAAAUGCAAUAAGGCGCUGCGCCGCUUCUUUGAUCGGAUUCCUGCAGACUACACGCAUGAGCUGCUCUUCUGCCCCUGUACGGACACGGCCUGCGCUGAGCGAAGAAGGCAGACUAUUGUGCCCAGCUGUUCCUAUGAAAGUGGUGAUAAGCCCAGCUGCAUCACACAGAAGAAGAUCUGUGAAGCGGACUAUGUCUGCAAGUCCCGUCUGGCUCAGUUUCAGUAUGACUGUGAGCCCUCACAUAGUUCAGACAGUGGAUGCAAACUGAACAACUAUGGGACCUGCUUGCUGGCCUACACAGGACUCAUAGGAAGUAUUAUAACGCCCAACUAUGUGGACAACUCUACGUCCAGCGUGGCUCCGUGGUGCUCCUGCUCUGGCGCUGGGAACCAAAGGAAAGACUGCUAUGAUUUCCUGGGAUACUUCACUGACAACAUCUGCCUCCGGAAUGCGCUCGCUGCGUUUGGAAGUGAAUCUCAUCAGCAACCAACCAUCAGCCAGAGCAGUACAGCAGACCCUGGACACAACAGGAGAAAACACCGGAACGGCACCACUGCACCGGACACCAAGGAGAACAUGUGGAACAUCCUGGAAACAAAAUUACCGACAGAGGCAAUGGGAAAUGACCUACUAGUGGCCCAGUCCACUCUGUCAUCCAACAGCCUCCCAAGUUCGGCUUCAUCUCCGAGCACUAUGCUCCAAGCUGCCUUCACCCUUCUGUUGCUGCCAUUUCAUUGGCUUAACAAUGGACAGUAAUGACUGCAGGGAUCCCCUCGUGCCGAGCAGAUGUCUGGACCAGUGCAGUUCAAGGAAAAUGAACCGUGCAACGUACUUCGACUAAAUUGUACAGCCAUUUUAUUUUUAUUCUGAUAUUAGUGUCCUGUAUACAGCUACCAGUGUUCUCUGUCGCACCGUGGAGGACUGAAUUUGAGUCUGUACAUUUGUACAUUGUUGCUGUGUUUAAGUUGAAAUGAAGUGAAGUUGCCAGCUGUGGACAGACUGGCUUCUCAGACGUAUAGGAGUAGCCAUUAUAUGAGAAAAUUCCGCCACUGUAUGAAGAAAAACAUGCUCCUAUGUCUGGAUCUGCCUCGCCAUUGUCAAGACCUUGCAUCAAUUUUAUGUCAGUGGCUGGAGGAUGGACUUACAUGCUGGUCUCCACAGAUGACUUGAGGGAUGUUUUUUUAAGAAUAUUAACAGUACAGCAGAGAGUGUUUCGGAAACUAUGUCUUUAUUUGUUUUUAUCCCAGAACAGAGGUUCAUGGUCCUACAUGAAACAGAAGAGCAAAAUAUCUGGACUGAGCUUUGACUCUUUCUCUGUAUCCGAUGUAUUAUGUGUAUGUGGAUGUAUUUCUGUUCAUUUUUCAUUGUGUAUGUGAACAUUGCUAUUCUGACUCUGUGCCAGGAUGAAGAAAACGAAAGGCUUCUCAGAAAUCGCCAACACCAGUAUGAAGCCAUUCUAGGAAAAGACAGAUGAAUGAUAUGGUAUUUUUAUUUUUAUUUUUUGUUGUAGGAAAUGUGCCAGUGGAUUCUGAAGUGA